AUGGAUGACGAAUGUGAGUCGUACAAACUGUGGCGUAUUCGAAAAACUGUUAUGCAGCUUUGCCAUGACAGAGGUUAUUUAGUCACACAGGAUGAAUUGGAUCAAACAUUGGAACAGUUUAAAGAACAAUUUGGAGAUAAACCUAGUGAAAAAAGACCUGGACGUAGUGAUUUAAUUGUUCUUGUGGCACAUAAUGACGAUCCUACAGAUCAAAUGUUUGUUUUCUUUCCUGAAGAACCAAAAAUUGGUAUAAAAACUAUAAAAACUUACUGUCAGAGAAUGCAAGAAGAAACCAUUACUCGAGCUAUUAUUGUUGUUCAACAAGGAAUGACUCCAAGUGCAAAACAAUCCUUAGUUGAUAUGGCUCCUAAAUAUAUAUUGGAACAGUUUUUGGAAUCUGAACUUCUAAUUAAUAUAACUGAACACGAACUAGUACCUGAACACAUUGUUUUGACACCAGAUGAGAAACAAGAACUUUUGUGCAGAUACAAAUUAAAAGAAAAUCAGCUUAUGAGAAUUCAAGUUGGUGAUCCAGUUUCUCGUUACUUCGGCUUAAAAAGAGGACAAGUAGUAAAAAUUGUAAGAAAUUCUGAAACUGCUGGACGUUAUAUUUCAUACAGAUUGGUAUGCUGA